UCCAAUGGAAAAUCUGUAACGUGGGCACAAAAUGAGAAGAGCACUCGGGGUCAGCAUCUUUGGCAGCGUCUUUCUGUUCAUGUCAAGAAAAAGGAUAGUACAAAUCAGACAGCCGUUAUUAAGCCCUUCUCUAAGAGCAGCACUGAGAACAGAUACAUCAGCACGUCCUUCCCAGACUCCAGUUCCAAAAUGCUCUAUGAUGUUUCUGAGGCCGAAGAGCAUUAUCCGGUUCAGUACCGACCACAAACUCCUUCUCCAAUCAGUACUGUAAGUCAGAGGGCUGCUUCGGUAGCUCGGACAGAUGAUGACAUCCCUUCAUUUCACUCAGACACUGCCCAACGAAGCGGCUCUUCUCAAGGAUCCCUGAUGGACCAAAUCAGCAAUGUUGUGACCAGAUUCACGGCCAACAUCAGUGAGCUAAACUCCAUGAUGCUGACGGCAAACACACAAGGAGCCAUGGUGCCCACCCCUCUAUGUUCUUCCUACCUGAUUCCAAGAGAGAUCCAACUUCCCACCGCUAUGACCACCUUUGCAGAGAUCCAGCCAGCCCCUGCUAUUGAAUUUAACGAAGUGAAAGUUUUGUCAAGAAUAGAAGACCAAACAUGA